AUGCAGAUGCAAAACCUCCUCACCUUCCUCGCGGCCUCCAUGGCCGCCGCCCAGGUCACAGGCAUCCCACCGCCUCCUCCUCUCGGUAACGGCACUUUCGUCACCACCAUCGUGGUGAACUCGUUCGUGACCUACUGCCCUCAGCCCACCGUCAUCACGUACAAGGACGUGUGCUACACGGCCAAGAGCGCAGGGCCCGUCACCAUCACCAACUGCCCCUGCACAAUCACCACCACCGUCCCCAAGGUCACCACCGGCCAGCCCCCGGCCCAGACCAAGGGCGCCGUCCCGGCCCCUCCUGCUGCUCCCCCAGCGGCUCCCCCAGCGGCUCCCCCAGCUGCUCCUCCUGUCAACAACCAGUCUCCUGUUGCUCCUCCUGCUGCGGCUCCCCCAGCUGCGGCUCCCCCAGCGGCUGCUCCUCCGGCUGCUGCUCCCCCGGCUGCUGCGCCCAACGCCAACCCCGUCACCGGUACCUACGUGGCCCCAGCCAAGCCCACCUACGUCACGGCCGGCGCCUCAGGCCUCAGGGCCUCGGCGCUCGUGCUGGCGGGUGCACUUGCGGGUGUCGUUGCGCUGUAA